ACUUUGCUCAUGUUAGUUUCCUGAAAGCUAGCUGUCCAUCGAUGCAGUGUGGUUCUGUUUCUUUGUAAAACUCAGUUUCUCACAGAUUCAGUUACGUCCGGAGUAAAGUCCGGAUUCACCCUGCUUGUCUCCUUCCUCUUUUGAUGACCAUUGGACAAGCUGCUGCUAUGGAUAACAUAAACAUCUGCUAUAUCUUGGAUGCCUUUCUGUUUAUCUACGGACUUGUACUAACUGUCCUUUACUGCAGAUUGAAGCUACAGCAGGAUCGUUGGAAAAAUCAGGGUUCUGGGAAGAAGGAAGCAGCAGAGGGAGUCUAUGAAGGACUUUCACAUCAAACUCAAGAUACCUAUGAGUCCAUCCAAUUGAAGAGCGCCAAGGCAUAAGACAGACAUAGCGAAGAAAAAGUAUCAGAAUGCUUUAUUUCUCUUUUGUAGCAGUAUUUAUUUGUCUUAUUUCUGAUGUUAAAACAUUUCUUUGAAUAGAUAUGCACUGUAAUGCUAGAAACAGACUUGAAAGUAAUUUUACUAAAACUCUUAAUAAAAACCGUAAAUAAUUUCUUCAUAUAUUUUGCGAAGUAUAAAUGUAUAAGCAAACUAAUCUUUAUGAAAUUUGAUGAGGAACGUAAUAUUAGAAAAAUAGCAUCACAGAAAGUCAUAUUAAAAACAAAAAGUUAUUCAUGCUGAAUAAUUGUAAAUGUAUGUAAUUAAAGUCUUAACUCUCUCCUUUUUAUCUUACAUUAUUACACAUGCUUUUUAAAAAUGUGUGUGCUGAUUUUGCACAAUUGCUAAAUUGCUAAUGCGUUUGCCUACACAUGCUGUUUCUUUCAAAAGUUGACGUACGUCUCCGGUCGCUAUAGCAACAACUGUCUUCCUGUUUUUUUGGGGUUUUUUUUGGUUGUCUGACAGAAAUGAAGUAACAGAGCUACAUCACUGGAUGUAUAAAUACAUAGUGGUUUUUGUAUUCGUGAGAUGGUGUUAAUGCUAAUGCAGUUUUGACUAUCAGGCACAAGAGAGCAGGUUUUAGGCCAUUUUUUAAUUGUGGACUUGUCUCCACCACUGAGUUUUGCAUCACUGUGUAUUUAUUCAUUUUAAGUCAUUUGUGAUUGUUACUAAACCAUGCUUACUUCUCUAACUAAUGUAUUUAUGAUUUCCUUUUUUAUGUAUAAUUCUCUGGUUAACCUGUCUAUUUUGGCCUUUUUUUUCUUCAUUAAUUUCUUUCAGUAAAACUAAUUACAUAUGCAUCCUGGUUGCUGAGUAUGUUUGUCAGAAACCAUUAACGGACACACCUAUAUUUUUAUAUAGAAUAAAACUUAAUGCAGUAUUUACAUUAUCCUUUGGUGUCAAAUUUUGGUGUAUUUACAAACAAUUUGGCUUUAAAUUCUGCUGAAACACAAGGUGAGGCAUCAGCUUCAGUGUGGGCACAAUUAUGACCAAUUGCUGUAUUCUGCUAGGACGGUGGUAGCUUACUGCUUUUGGUCAGAAGGUAGUGGGUGAUGCUGAUGCUGAGCCCUUAAGUAAUUCUCUUAACCUUGUUUGCACUAGUACUGCUAUUUAAAUAGAACCUGUCCACAGAUUUUGGAAUAUUUGUUCUGACAAUAAAAAUCAAAAGUAACAAACAAUGAAAA